UAUCUCCUCAAGUUUAGGGUGAUCGACACUUUCCAUUUGAUUCUAUUAGCCCCAGCGGGCUUUGUGUGGAAGUUUAGAACCAAGUAUGUUGGGAAAGCUAUGGAAAUCAAUGGCAAAAUUGCCAUGCCCUGAAACGAGUCGUCUCUCUCACCAAGUAGCAAGUGAGACAGUCCAUGGUGCAAACUUGGCUCUGAGACAGGUGAAGAGUGAUGUUUGCAUUGAGGAAAAUGAAGUGUGUAAAUGCGGUCAUGGUGAUAUCGAGGACGUGCAGAGCAUGGUUAAGGGCAAAGAUGUUGAUCAACAAGCUGGGGCCAACAGCUCCUUUCUUCAUGCUGUCUUGAAUAUGAGUGGAAUGCUCAUAGGUCUUGGCCAGUUAUCAACUCCAUAUGCUCUAGAAAGUGGAGGAUGGGCAUCUGUUUUCCUGCUUGUAGGACUUGGGGUGAUAUGCACCUAUACUUCUCACAUCCUUGGAAAAUGUCUUGAGAGGAAUCCCAAAUCCCAAAGCUAUGCUGAUAUUGGAGAGAAUGCAUUUGGAAGAAAAGGAAGAGUUUUAGCAGCAACCAUCAUCUACUUGGAAAUUUUCAUGGCCCUUGUGUCUUACACCAUUUCACUCCAUGACAAUCUGAGCACGGUGUUCUCAGGGGCCCAACUCAAGCUACCGGGGGCUAAGCUAUCUCCAUCUCAGCUGAUAACUGUGAUUGCUGUCCUCAUAGCACUUCCAAGUCUGUGGUUGAGAGAUCUUUCUUCCAUAUCUUUCCUCUCAUCGGGCGGUAUCCUUAUGUCAAUUAUUAUCUUCACAUCAGUGGUGUGCACUGCUAUUUUUGGAGGUGUUAAGGCUAACCACACCAUACCGAUGCUACAUAUGCAAAAGAUUCCUGCCAUAUCUGGACUUUACAUCUUCAGUUAUGCUGGCCAUAUUGUUUUCCCCAACUUAUACAAGGCCAUGAAAGAUCCAUCCAAGUUCACCAAGGUAUCUAUUGUGAGCUUUGCAUCAGUCAUAGCACUCUACACUGCUCUAGCAUUCCUGGGUGCCAAGUUGUUUGGGCCACAAGUUAAAGCUCAGAUCACCCUCAGCUUGCCCCAACACCAUUUUAUCACAAAAAUUGCAUUAUGGGCGACUGUGCUAACUCCCAUGACUAAAUAUGCACUUGAGUUUGCACCUUUUGCCAUUCAGCUUGAGCAUAACUUACCGGAAUCUGUGAGUUCUCGCAUGAAGUUGAUCAUAAGAGGCUGUGUAGGCUCCAUCCUCCUUCUAUCGAUACUAGCCCUUGCUCUCUCUGUUCCAUACUUUGAGCAUGUCCUUAGCCUCACUGGCUCCCUUGUAAGCGUCUGCAUUUGCGUGAUUUUACCCUCUGCCUUCUACAUCAAGCUUUCUUGGCCUCAGAUAUCCAGACGUCUUCUUAUUCUUAACCUCUCCGUCGUUGCUUUUGGUUUGCUUCUUGGGGUACUAGGAACCAUUUCAUCAGCAAAGUUAUUAAUAAAAAGCCUCCUGAAAGCUCACUCAACUUGACAGAGCCAAGUCCUGCUUGUAGGAUUUCCAUUUUUCUUUAUCUGCUUAAUAUGGAAAAUAAUUGAGUCCUUAAGAGUAAGAUAGAUGAGUUACAUAGCGGAAAUUAGUAAAUUGGACGCUGAUGAAGAACACUGAAGCUUCAUAUUGCUCCAUGAAUUUACUACUAUUUAGCA